GUAAGUCAGGCUGGUUCCGGUAGGCCGGUACACCGUAGAAGACAUGGCAGCCGCCGCCAGACUGCUGGUGUCCUCGUGUUGUUCGCUGGCCAGAUCCCGGCUAUCUUCCCCCUUCGCGCAUGGAGCGUGCUGGCAGGUACUGAGCAGGCGAAAUCCGGGACAGGCGCGAUGCUUCAGUUCAGAUGAUAAAGUCACAGUGAAGUUUAUAAACCGUGAUGGCGACACAAUGGUAGCGGAAGGAAAAGUUGGGGAGUCGCUUCUUGAUCUCGUUGUAGAGAAAAACUUGGAUAUUGAUGGAUUUGGUGCUUGCGAGGGAACGUUGGCCUGCUCCACCUGCCACCUAAUCUUUGAAGAUGACGUUUUCCAGCAGUUGGAGCCUGUUACUGAUGAGGAGUUGGAUAUGUUAGACUUGGCCUACGGACUGACUGAAACGUCAAGAUUAGGAUGCCAAAUCUGCCUGAAAAAGUCCAUGGAUGGAAUGACCGUCAAAGUUCCUGAGGCUGUUGCUGAUGUCCGGCAGACCGUCGAUAUGGGCAAAAGUUCUUGAUGCGCCAAUACUUGGAACUAUUUUGGAAAACUGACUUUUUUAUAACCAUCGUUUUAAUGUUCUGCAAUUAUUAU